CUCUCGUCUCUUCGGGUUGAGGCUCUUUGAGACACUCUUUGGGUUAGAGAAUGUUUCCAAGGGUGGCCCAGGCCUUGCAGAGCUUAUGUUUAUCAAGACACUGAAAUGUCAGCUAUGAAGCAAAAGCCACAUACCCAAUGAUGUUUUUUAGGAAAAGUUGUCAGAUAUAAAGUUAUCAGAAGGUAGUCUUCCAUAUCCCAAGAUGGAGAACAGUACCACAACCAUCUCUCGGGAGGAGCUUGAAGAACUACAAGAAGCAUUUAAUAAAAUAGAUAUUGACAACAGUGGGUACGUAAGUGACUAUGAACUUCAGGACCUGUUUAAGGAAGCAAGUCUUCCUCUGCCUGGCUACAAGGUGCGCGAGAUCGUGGAGAAAAUUCUAGCAGUUGCUGACAACAACAAAGACGGCAAAAUCAGUUUUGAAGAGUUUGUGUCACUGAUGCAAGAGUUAAAAAGCAAAGAUAUCAGCAAAACAUUCCGAAAAAUAAUUAACAAGAGAGAAGGGAUUACUGCUAUUGGAGGAACUUCAUCCAUUUCCAGUGAAGGCACUCAGCAUUCUUAUUCAGAGGAAGAAAAAGUGGCUUUUGUUAACUGGAUAAACAAAGCCCUGGAGAAUGACCCUGACUGUAAACAUCUUAUACCCAUGAAUCCCAAUGACGGCAGUCUUUUCAAAUCACUUGCAGAUGGCAUCCUUUUUUGCAAAAUGAUCAACUUAUCUGAACCAGAUACAAUCGAUGAAAGAGCCAUUAAUAAGAAAAAACUCACUCCCUUCACCAUCUCUGAAAAUUUAAACCUAGCUCUGAACUCUGCCUCAGCCAUCGGUUGUACAGUGGUCAACAUCGGUGCGCAGGAUCUGAAAGAAGGAAAACCGCAUUUGGUCUUGGGACUUCUCUGGCAGAUCAUCAAAGUUGGUCUUUUUGCCGAUAUUGAGCUUUCUAGAAACGAAGCUUUGAUUGCACUGCUGAACGACGGGGAGGACCUGGAGGAGCUGAUGAGGCUUUCUCCUGAGGAAUUGCUGCUGCGCUGGGUGAACUACCAUCUGACCAACGCGGGCUGGCGGACCAUCAGCAACUUCAGCCAGGACAUUAAGGAUUCCAGAGCCUAUUUUCACCUGCUUAAUCAGAUUGCUCCUAAAGGCAACGGGGAAGAUGGACCUGCCAUAGCUAUUGACCUUUCUGGAUUUAAUGAGAAAAAUGACCUGAAGCGUGCUGGAUUCAUGCUUCAAGAAGCAGAGAAGCUGGGCUGCAGGCAGUUUGUCACUCCGGCGGAUGUGGUCUCAGGCAACCCUAAGCUUAAUUUAGCUUUCGUAGCUAAUCUGUUUAACACAUACCCGUGCCUACACAAGCCUGAUAAUAAUGACAUCGAUAUGAACUUACUGGAAGGAGAGAGCAAGGAAGAGAGGACAUUCCGGAACUGGAUGAAUUCCUUGGGGGUCAACCCAUAUAUUAAUCAUUUGUACAGUGACCUUGCAGAUGCUUUAGUGAUCUUUCAACUCUAUGAAAUGAUUCGGGUGCCAGUCAACUGGAGCCAUGUCAACAAACCUCCUUAUCCUGCUCUUGGAGGGAACAUGAAGAAGAUUGAAAACUGUAACUAUGCCGUGGAACUUGGGAAGAAUAAAGCCAAAUUCUCCUUGGUUGGCAUUGCUGGGCAGGACCUGAAUGAAGGGAAUUCAACACUUACUCUGGCCUUGGUAUGGCAGCUGAUGAGAAGGUACACAUUGAAUGUGUUAUCAGAUCUUGGAGAGGGUGAAAAAGUAAAUGAUGAAAUUAUUAUUAAAUGGGUCAAUCAGACUCUUAAAAGUGCAAACAAAAAAACCUUUAUUUCCAGCUUCAAGGAUAAAUCUAUUAGCACUAGUUUACCUGUACUAGAUUUAAUAGAUGCCAUUGCACCAAAUGCAGUACGUCAAGAAAUGAUCAAGAGAGAAAACCUUUCUGAUGAAGACAAGCUUAAUAAUGCUAAAUACGCCAUUUCAGUUGCUCGAAAGAUCGGUGCCCGGAUAUAUGCAUUACCUGAUGACCUUGUAGAAGUGAAACCAAAGAUGGUUAUGACGGUGUUUGCAUGCUUAAUGGGAAAAGGACUGAACAGAAUAAAAUAAUGGAACAUUUAAUACAAUCCUCUGCCACAUCAAACACAUUGAACACCUCACAGUUUACAGAAUUCUGGAAUAUAGUGGGUAUAAAACCAGAAAUUAUUUGUAUGCUCAAAAUACUUACAUAGUCACUAAUGAAUUCGAUCCUGUUCAUUCUAGUUAGAAUUUGUCAACCUUGUUGGAUAACACAAUUCACUAAUCAAUACUGAUGGUAGAAUAUGUUCAUUUUCAAGCUGAUAUUUCAUGAUUAAAUUAUUUUUGGUUCCUGAAAGUCUUAUAAAACAAGACUAAUUUGUUCUUUUUCAUGGUUCAAAAAGAUUGAUAUAAAAAGAUUUUUGCAGGUCCUGCUGUGAAAUGUGUUUUGAUUUUUUUGUGUGUUAUUUAAUUUUGAUCAUAAAGGUAUUCAAAGUCAUGAUACACGUUAAUCCCUUUUCUUCCUCCAGCUGUGUAAAGUGGUCUGUAACUUUUCUGUAAAUUUCUAUGCUGUCUACAACUUUAAAGUGAUGGGUAUUGUUCUUUAACAUUAAACUUUUUUACAUGUGGGAACUAAUUACUGAAUAAGCCCCAAAGGUCACUGUGUUGUAUAAGUAGCAGAAGCUUUUUACUUUUAAUUUUAACUGCAUUGAUACUUUACAUGUUCUAGUGUGGUAAUACAUGAUAUAUAUAUAUACACACACACACACACAUGGCAGGAUGUUAUUAGGGUAAAAAAAUAUAUAUAUAUAUAUUUGCAUGGGAAUUACCCAGGCAUUCUUAAAUGGUGUAUAUAUAUUAUAUAUAUAAUUGGCCAACCAUUAAAUAUUUAUUUUGCCCCCACAAUGUGUGUAUCACUUCAGUUUAUGAAUAUCUGAUACAUUUAGCAAAUACUCAUUUUUGAGUGAGCAUAUAGUUAUCUUUCAACUGACUCCAAAUACGUGUAUCAAACAUUGGCAAGGCGUGCUGACACUCUUCUGUGAGCUUCAUAUUAUACUUGCUAGUUCACGUCUAUGCUGAAACCCAGUAUAAUUUAGAAUAAAUGAUAUUUAAUUAUUGAAUAGCUUAAGUAAAGGUAACAUAAAGCUAUUAUUCAACAGAGUAUUUUCAUAUUUUUUUCCACACAGCUUCCUGUACAUUGGCAAUGUGUGG